CACCUCUGCCAUAUCGCAGUUUCGAGGGACGUUUGCUUGGUGGCGCUAGUAGUGUUGAAGGCCCGGCGUCAUUUAUUAACACCGUCGUUGGUAUAACGCGGAAGGUCGGUACGAAACAAGGCUCUGGGUUAUGAGAGAGAGCUGAUGCCAUGUGCAAAGCGUGUGUUGGGUUGUGCAGAGUGAAACGUGAAUAUGAAAGCCUCCCUUGCUGAUACCAUCCGCAGUACAGCGUAGUGGCCAGUUUCGGUAAGAGGAGCCACAGAGAUGAGAAGGCGACGGGAGGCGGCGUGCGCGAGGCUUUAUGAAGAAGGCCCAGGUAUCGAAAGCAACAGCAGUAGCAGCAGGAUCCACGUGGCAGUGGACAGCAGACAGCAGCGCCAAGACGUGGCCAUCUAGUGAAGCUCCCGCCAUCCUGCAGUGAACUUACGACCGGCUCCAAGAUGAACCUGAUUAAUAUGGACGCGGAGAACCGCGUAGUGCUUAACGUCGGCGGGAUCCGGCAUGAGACGUAUAAAGCGACGCUUAAGAAGAUCCCAGCUACACGGCUGUCGAGGCUAACAGAGGCGCUCGCCAACUACGACCCCAUCCUCAACGAGUAUUUCUUUGACCGUCACCCAGGGGUCUUCGCGCAAGUCCUAAACUACUACCGGACGGGGAAGCUGCACUAUCCAACCGAUGUCUGCGGACCGCUGUUUGAGGAAGAGUUGGAAUUUUGGGGCCUGGACGCGAACCAGGUGGAGCCCUGCUGCUGGAUGACGUACACCCAGCACCGAGACACGCAGGAGACGCUGGCAGUUCUGGACAGACUGGAUCUAGACACAGAGAAACCAAGUGACGAAGAGCUGGCGCGCAAGUUCGGGUUUGAGGAGGAUUACUUCUCGGGCACCGUCUCCUGGUGGCAGCACAUUAAACCCAAGAUGUGGUCCCUCUUUGACGAACCAUACUCCUCGAAUGCUGCCAAGAUCAUAGGAGUCAUCUCUGUGUUUUUCAUCUGCGUGUCGAUCCUGUCCUUUUGCCUGAAGACCCACCCGGACAUGCGAGUUCCCGUCAUCAGGAACAUCACCGUCAACACUUCAUACAACACUUCAGCGUGGACACUGGACAAGACGCAGACAAACGCCCACGAGGCUUUCUUCUACAUUGAGUGUGUCUGCAACGCCUGGUUCACGCUUGAGUUCUUUAUCCGGUUCAUCGCGUCGCCAAACAAGUGGGAAUUCAUCAAGGCGUCAGUUAAUAUUAUUGACUACGUCGCGACGCUAAGCUUCUACAUCGACCUGGUGCUUCAGAAGUUCGCUUCCCAUCUGGAGAACGCCGACAUCCUAGAGUUUUUCUCCAUCAUCCGUAUAAUGAGGCUGUUCAAACUUACGCGUCACUCGUCGGGGCUCAAGAUCCUCAUUCAAACUUUCCGCGCCUCCGCCAAAGAGCUCACCCUGCUUGUGUUCUUCCUUGUGCUGGGUAUUGUCAUCUUCGCUAGUUUGGUGUACUACGCGGAACGUAUCCAGGCCAACCCCCACAACGACUUCAACAGCAUCCCUCUAGGCCUUUGGUGGGCAUUGGUUACAAUGACCACUGUGGGAUACGGGGACAUGGCCCCCAAGACAUACGUGGGGAUGUUCGUGGGCGCCCUCUGCGCCUUGGCCGGCGUACUGACCAUUGCUUUGCCCGUGCCAGUAAUUGUGUCCAACUUCGCGAUGUACUACUCCCACACACAGGCGAGGGCAAAGUUACCCAAGAAGCGACGGAGAGUAUUACCGGUAGAGCAGCCCAGAGGGCCAAGGCUCCCUGGGGCACCGGGAGCGGGGGGUCCUCCAGGAUGUGGACCAGGGGGGCCAGGGGGUGGGAUGCCUGGAGGCUGUGGCCCACCCGGUGUGCAGAACAGAAGGAUGAACGCCAUCAAGCAAAACCAUCCAAAGGAUAUGAUGGGACAGAAGAUGGUAGGUGACCACGGGACGAAAGUAGAAGAGCUGGCUCCUAUGCUGGACAUCAAUCACUUCUGAGGGGACUGCAGACACUACCAACACCCCUGUCCCUCUCCCACCUCAGUGGUUCUCAACCCCCAACCCCACAAAUUCCGAACACAUUUUCUGGUAGACUCUUGGCUUUCAAUCUGUUUCCAGUAAAGAAGGCUGGAGAGAGCUUCAUGAUGAGGAUCUUCACAAUUUUUACUCUUCCUCAAACAAUUUAGGAGAAUGAAAUGGGCAGGACAUGUAGCACGAAUCGGAAAUGAAAUGCAUACAAAAUUUUGGUCCGACUCUGGCUCAGGUAGGGGACGGGCGGGAUGCUGUGAGCAAGACAAUGAAUCUUCGGCUACAUAAAAUAAUAGGGAUAUCCUGAUUAGGUGAGCAACUGCUGGUUUCUCAAAAAGGAUUACGCUCCAAGCGGUGAAUUUAUAUAUUGUGGUAAUUGGCUGUUGAUCUUUCCGCCUCUGUUCCAAGAGACCAUUAUUCAAAACAAGGUAAUUACUUCAUGGAACUGUCGAUGUCUUCUUGUUACACAAUCCAUUUAAACCUCUCCUUUCUCAGAAGACCACAGAGAGAAGGAAAAAAAAACAGGCAUGUCCCGAGAGGAUUACAACUUGCGAUACGUUCCUCUGAAACGCAGGUUGACAUAGCUUCAUAUCCCAGAAAUUACAAUUAUUCAUAGCCACGCUGCCAGAAUUUCAAAUUCAGCACUAUUUUAAAUAUUAUCCUCCCAUCCAUAUCUAGGAGUCCCACUGAAAGUCUCACCGAGAUAACAUUACAUCUGAACCCAAGAGUGCCACACAGGAAGUUCUAACGAGACAGGAAGAAUGUAGCACUGUUGUUAAACCCUAAUUCUUGAUCAUACGCCGAUGCUUGCAGUCGCGAAACAGCCACAAACAUACAAAUAGCAACAUAUAGGACGAGACUGAAAGCUUAUACAAGAGUUCAUUAAAUUCUGACAUGACUGUAAUUUCUUUUAUUGAGGUCUACCAACAAAAUGUAUCAUUUUCCUUUGUACGUACCACAUUUUGAACAUGGAUACCGCAGUCGGUAUAGCCACUGGUUACAAGCUGGAAGACAGAGGUGUCGGAGUUCGUGUCCUGGUAGGUUCCACGUCUUCCAGACAGGCUCUGGGGCACACUCAGCCUCUGUCCAAUGGACACCGCGGGCUAAUUCCCCCGGGAAAACGUGGCCGGUGCAUGAAACUAACCACUCAUCUCUGAAUAGUGCCGAGGUCAAAAAAUGAGGCUCUAUAUAUCCACUCCCCCACAGGUCUUCGUGGUGUAGUGCGUUACAACUUUACCUUUUGCCUUUACAUACCACUCUGACCGCCGUCUGGGUACACUUUAUUUACACGCCUUCAUAACUUGACGUGAAAGAAACCGUAUUAUGAAGAUCCUCACUGCGUAAUUUUCUCCUUCUUUUCCUCAAACAAAGAUAGACUAAAAUAAGGUCUAUUGUUGGAGGAUACACGGAAAGAAGCCAAUAGUCAACUGACUUUAUGCACGGUUUGUUUAACGCGACUUUCAGUCUCUCAGUGAAUACGUCGUCGAAAGGCAGAAUGAUUAGUGAGAAACAAAUAUGAAAUGGUAAAGACGGAAGCAGUAGUGGCCUACACCAAAUCCUCCUAUUCCAGAAUUUUUCUGGAGGGACUGAGGAAAACCACGAAACAUCUCAGUCAGAUAGCCGAUGUCCCGGCCGAGAUACAAAAGGGGAACACCCGGAAUACACGGCAGAAGCACUAACACUUCGAGAAACCUCGUUACUGACGAUAUUACGAGUUAAAAACUUCUCUCAAAUAUUGUACACCUCUUCAAAUUAUUCUGUGUAAAUUAUUUCCUUUUCAAAAGAGAGAGAAUGUAUUUUUUCCUCGCUUAGUGGGGUGGAGAAUACAACGUUUUGGAAACUGGAUCUGUUUCCGUUUCCAGGUGAAGGGGUGGGAGACACCCAACUCUAUUGGGUCCCUUAGAAAAAGUUAAACUCAGCCACUCCAGAUCUUUCUAACGGACCCAACAAAGUAGGUGUCAUCC